AUGACUGCAGAAGAUCACCAACCAAGAUUCACCCCAUCCCAGGAAUGCCGUCCCCCACAACAGCCCGACGCCCUCACAGACUCCCAGACCGAGACCCUCGACGCCCUCCGGUCCCACAUCCACGAGACUGUCGUUAAGACAGAGACUCACCGUCGGUGGGCCGACGACCGUUGUCUUAUCCGUUACCUCAGAUCCAAGAAAUGGAACCUGCAGGAGGCCAAGCAGGCCGUCCAGGAGUCCAUGCUCUGGCGCGAUUCUUAUGGACCUAAUCAACCUGAUAAGGAUGCACUCUGGAUCGAGACUGCGGUGGGAAAGUUGUACGUUUCAGGAUUUGACAUGGAAUCCCGUCCGUUGCUGUAUAUGAAGCCCCGCCUGGAAAAUACCGCAGCGUCGCCCUCUCAGAUCCGUCAUGUUGUCUACCACCUCGAGAUUGCUCUCGCCCUUAUGCCCGAGGGGGUCGAGAAGCUGUGCAUCAUCAUCGACUUUGCAGGAUCGUCCAUGACCAAGAACCCAGGCGUGGCAGUCGCCCGAGAGAUUAUCAAUGUCCUCGGAAACCAUUACCCUGAGCGCCUUGGAAAGGGGUACAUCAUCCAUGCACCAUGGUUCUUCUUCCCAUUCUUCAAGCUGAUCUCGCCCUUCAUCGACCCCGUCACCAAGGAAAAGAUCAACUUUGUCGACAUGAAGAAGCAAAAACCAAAACCAAAAACCAUCAUCUCGGCCCCUUCCUCCGCAGCGGCUUCCGAAAUCGAACUCACCAACGGCGUAUCAUCCUCCGCAGCAUCCACGGCAUCUUCCAAAAAGCCAUCAGCAAACAAGGACAACAAAGACGGAACAUCAACGGAUCAGGUCAACUUGCUGGAUAUGAUUCCUGAGGAUAUGCUAGAACGGGAGUUUGGAGGAUCUUCGGAUUUUGUUUAUAACCAGCAGAUCUAUUGGGAUGCUGCUGAUCGGGUCUUGGCUGAUUCGAGAGCUCGUCUGGAGAAUGGCGCUUCUACAUCCGCGACGACCGCUGUUGUUCAAGAAGCCGCAUAG